UUUUUGCCUAGUUGUUAUCUUUUGCCCAAAAUAGAUGGUGCAGUGGGUUACAAAAAUGGGAAAUGAGAGCUCUCUAAAGAGGGCAUGCAGUAGUCAGUUCUGCUAAAGGAAAUGGAGGUCCUAUUCUUUGCUUAAGCAAGCAUGAGAUAGAGAGAAUAAAACUCGGGACCUAGCCAUGGAAAAACUAUUUUUCAUUACUACUUGGAAAUCUGGAUGAUACAGUGGUUUGAUUCUUUCUUGAGUUGUCAUCUCUUUCUGCAGAAAAAUCCCCUGUUAUCUCAGCCUUAUGAUUACUAGCUCUUCUUUCCAUGAAGCAAAUGAUAUAUAUGAGUACAAACCUGUCCUUCUGCUUGAGCUGGUAUGCAAUGGCUUUAUUUGUUUUGCUUUUUUUAAUAGACUGCCACAGAACACUGUGAAAUUAUCAUCAGUGGUAAAUACGGGUUCAGAAAAACAUGAUGACUUCAGGGAUUCUAUUGAGACGUUUUUAAAUGGUCUUGAGUGAUGUAAUCAGGUUAAAUACAAGAAGUGAUUUUGCAAAGUGGACAGUAAUGGAGUAUAUGAGCACAGGUAGUGAUUGCAAAGAGGAGAUUGACUUGUUGCUAGCUGAUCUAAAUAUGUCUGAGGUGAUAGCCAUCAUGGAAAACCAUUAUCCAGGUGAAGACAUUGCAGUCUACGAAGACAACUUAAUUACAAUGUGUGAAGAGGCAAAUCAAAACGAUGAACAUGCAGAAUCAUUACUGUUUUGUGAAAGGGAGGUCUCUUUGAUGUCCUCCGUCAAAUACGGGACUGUGGAAGACCUGCUUGCUUUUGCAAAUCAGGUGUCUAACACUGCAAAACAAUUUAAAGGAUGCAGACAACAGGAAUCUGGAAUCCUCUUGAAUAUGAUCACACCCAAGAAUGGGCGCUAUCAAAUUGACUCAGAUGUUCUCCUGUUUCCAUGGAAGUUGACUUACAGGAAUAUUGGUUCUGAUUUUAUUCCUCGGGGAGCUUUUGGGAAAGUGUACUUAGCCCAAGACAGAGAAACCAAGAAACGAAUGGCAUGCAAACUGGUCCCAGUGGAACAGUUCAAACCAUCGGAUGUUGAAAUACAGGCAUGUUUCCGUCAUGAAAACAUUGCUGAAUUAUACGGCGCUAUUUUGUGGGAUGAGACGAUCCAUCUCUUCAUGGAAGCUGGAGAGGGAGGAUCUGUCAUGGAAAAGCUGGAGAGCUGUGGUCCUAUGAGAGAGUUUGAAAUCAUUUGGGUGACAAAGCAUAUUCUGAAAGGACUUGACUUUCUCCACUCAAAGAGGAUUAUCCACCAUGAUAUCAAACCAAGCAACAUUGUCUUUAUGUCAACUAAGGCUGUUUUGGUCGAUUUUGGCCUAAGUGUUCAAAUGACUGAAGACAUUUACUAUCCCAAAGACCUUAGAGGAACAGAGAUUUACAUGAGCCCUGAAGUUAUCCUUUGCAGAGGCCACACAACAAAAGCAGACAUCUACAGCAUGGGAGCUACUAUAAUUCAUAUGCAAACAGGCAUCCCACCCUGGGUGAACAGAUAUCCUCGUUCUGCAUAUCCAUCCUACCUCUAUAUUAUACACAAGCAAGCUCCCCCCUUAGAGGAUAUUGCUGAGGACUGCAGCACUUCCAUGAGAGAAUUGCUAGAAGCAGCGCUGGACAGGAAUCCUAAUCACAGGCUGUCUGCAGCAGACUUACUGAAACACGAAGCCUUACACCCACCCCCAGAAGAGCAGCCGCGGUGCCAGAGCCUGGACUCGGCGUUGUUUGAAAGGAAAAGACUGCUCGCGAGGAAGGAUCUGCAGCUGCCAGAAAAUAUUACAGAUUCCUCAUUGUGUAACGGGAGCAUGGAGGAGUCAGACCUGCUAAAGAGACAAAGAUCACUCUACAUAGACCUUGGAGCUCUAGCUGGUUACUUCAAUAUUGUUAGGGGACCACCAGCCUUAGAAUAUGACUGACUCAGUAACAUUUUGUGUUGAUGGGUCAGAAAUGGACCUCUACCUCUUAAAACUUGAUUUUAAGACUUGAUUUUCCAAUUUGUACAUAAAAUUAUUGCCAUUAUAGGCUGUCAAAUGUGAAUAGUGUUUCAUUGCACAGAUGAUUAAGCUAAACCCUCAGGGGCUCUGAUAAGCUGAUCCCAAGCAGUGAUAUUUGUGUGUCUGCUGAAGAAGAUGGCAAAAGGAGCACUGCUGGGAAUGUCUUAAUCCAGGAUAUCUUCCUGUGCUGGGCCUUGCACUUUUGUAAAACUUAUAAUAUAUGCUUGCACAUAAUGUCAGGAAAAAAUAUAACUGAGCAUGUGGGCUGUAAGAUUCAGUCUCUCUGAGCUGUCCUUAGAGAAAACCUUCCUGCUACCCCUCUCAAAAAAAAAAAAAAAAUAGAAACCCUUUAUUUAAACAGUCAAAGACUGGUUCAGUCUUGUUCUUUUUUUAAGACUUAGUCAGUCUCUAGUCAUUCUUAAUGAAAAUCAGGGCCCCCGUAAGCUGAGCUAAUUUCUAUCAGCUGUCUGUGGAGUUAUCAUCACUUUUUUACAGAUUUAAGAUUAUCACUUGUUUACAGAUAUGUUUUCACUUUGCAUCUUCCCUGGGCAGUGGGAGCUAAGCAGGAAGCUGUCCCCUUCUCUGUGGGUUGAGGGACUCUUUUUCUGGCAGUAUCACUUAGCUUUGGGAUUUGCACAGCAAGUUGCCCCUGACAAAGUAUGACAGUGACUCCAACUCCUUCCUAUGUUACAACUACUGCAAGGGUAUCUAUGAUCAUUUCCAAGUGUAGAUCAAAUGUUAUUCCCUAUUGGUAAUAGUAAGCAGGCUCCAAACUCUUGCUUUUUAAUACUUAAAAAUUGUACACAUGUAUAAUUGCUGUGAGUGCUACGGUUUGGAAAGCAUGUCAUUAGUGACAAGCAGUGUUUAUGUUCCUAUGGAAAUGGAAUUAUAUUGUUCUUGCUGUGCCUCAUACAUUUGAAACAUGAUGUUUUGGAUGAUAGUAAAACUAUGUAAACUGCAUAGUUCUGUACAUCCCAUGGGAUGAGAACGUAAACUUUUAUAAAACUCUUUCUGAUGCUUAGGAUGACUCUUUAUAAGCAUUUGUGUUAAAUGGCAUACUGUGUAUGUUGUACACUGAAUCUUUUCUAAAGCACAGUCUCUUUUUCAUGUCUGUUAUUUAAUGCUGCUCCUCUCUAACACAUGAUCUUAAACAGAUGAUUUCUAGUUUGAUACUGAUAUGGUCAAAUGAAUAAAUCCAGCUCAGUGCCUUGA